AUGUCUAUUAUCGGGCCGUCACCGUAUGAUUCAAGCAAACCGGUCAAUAUUGGCCACCGUGGUUUCCGUGGAUCUUACCCCGAAAACACCAUGCUGGCCCUUCGAGAGGGAAUCAAAGCCGGUGCCACCAUUGUUGAAACCGAUAUCCAGCUGGCUUCUGACAAUGUAGUGGUUAUGUGCCACGAUGUUACGACGGGGCGCUGUUUCGACAGCAACGUGGUUGUUGAGGAGACGCCCUACCACGGCGGUCUUGAAAAACUCCGUACCAAAGACUCUUUCAAGGAGCCUAUGCCUACUUUGAAGCAAGUCUGCGAAAUGAUAAUAAAUGAGCCCGAGGCGUCCAAUGCUAUGCUCAUGAUUGACAUCAAAAGGAGCAACGGUCCCCGGGUUGUGAGCUUUGUGAUCGAGGUUCUCAAAUCAGUAGCCCCAUUAGAGGUCUGGAAGAAGCGUUGCGUGCUCGGUGUCUGGCGGCUGAAUGUUAUGCACAAAGUCGUUGAGCUCGCGCCCGAGUUGGAUGUUGUAUUUAUUGGUUUCCAACUCAAGCUGGCCCGCAAGUUCCUUGAAUUCGAGCAGACGAAAGGAAUCUCAAUGAAUUAUGCAUGCUAUGCAGUUAGAGGUGGGCCGGAAAUCAUUGAUGCGGCAAGAGCCAAACACGUCAAGAUCUAUUCUUGGACCAUCAACCACCCAGAAGCAAUGAAAUGGGCAGUUGCCUCAAGAAUCAAUGGCGUCAUCACAGACCACCCCGACCUUUUCCAAAAUUUCCUCAACACAAUCUCGGAGAAGGACAUGUUUUCAGAGUACUUUACUUCGAACCCUUACAAGUUCUAUUCGACAUGGGAUCAGGUGCAGCACUACUGCAUGUACUUGGUUGCCAAUGCAUUUUUCUUCCUAUCCGACAGCUUCCCCAAACUUUUCCGGGGUGUUUAA